AUGUACCACAAUCCAUACGGCAAUAGUAGUCCUGGUGGCGGUGGUGGAUCGCCUGCACCACCUUACAUGGAGCAAUACCCAUUGCAAGAUACCACCUUCUCACAUCAACCACCCAUGGAGCGAGGCCAUGAUCCACUCUCUUUCCAUGAUGAGCAGCAUCAACAAAUAGAAGCAAUGGAACAACCAUUACUUGGAAGCCCUGCUACUCCCAAUCCAAAUGGCCCUCGUUCACCCUUUUCACGCGUCCAAGGUGGUGGUGGUGGUUUACAAUUCGUUGAGCCUGCAUCUCCUGGUCCACGUUAUGGUGAAGCACCACGUCGUCAACCUCGUCGUUAUAAGACUGUACGAAAGAUCAAGCUCACGGGUGGUAACCUUGUAUUGGAUAACCCCGUUCCCAACAAAUACCUCGAACGAUUGCCUAUCAAGGAGGGUCAUGAAUUUACACACAUGCGUUAUACUGCUGCUACGUGUGAUCCAGCCGAAUUCCAAAAUGAAAAAUAUCAAUUACGACAGCAAAUGAUGGGUCGCGAAACUGAGCUCUUUAUUGUGUUGACCAUGUACAACGAAGACGAGGUUUUGUUCUGCCGCACCUUGCAUGGUGUCAUGAAGAACAUUGCUCACUUGUGCUCUCGCACUCGUUCAAAGACAUGGGGUAAUGAUGGCUGGCAAAAGAUCGUUGUAUGUGUCGUAUCCGAUGGUCGUACCAAGAUUCAUCCACGCACCUUGUCAGUGCUUGCAACCCUUGGCUGUUAUCAAGAAGGUGUUGCUAAAAAUAUUGUCGAAGGCAAACCAGUAACCGCCCACAUUUUCGAGCACACAACACAACUUUCAGUGGAUCCCGAUAUGAACUUUCGCAGCUCAGAAAGUGGCAUCGUCCCCACACAAAUGCUGUUUUGUCUCAAGGAGAAGAAUCAAAAGAAAAUCAACUCGCAUCGUUGGUUCUUUCAAGCUUUUGGUCCAGUCAUCAAGCCUCAUGUUUGUGUUCUUAUCGAUGUUGGUACACGCCCUGGUCAUACAUCCAUUUAUCAUCUUUGGAAGUGCUUUGAUAUCAACAAGAACGUGGCGGGAGCAUGUGGUGAAAUUCGGGCAAUGACUGGCAAGAUGGGUGUGGCUCUCAUCAAUCCAUUGGUGGCAUCACAAAACUUUGAAUACAAAAUGUCCAACAUUCUCGAUAAGCCGCUUGAAUCCGUAUUUGGCUACAUCUCUGUGUUGCCUGGUGCAUUCUCAGCAUACCGUUACGAAGCAUUGCAAAAUGAUGUCAAUGGUCAAGGUCCACUGGAAAAGUACUUUUUGGGUGAAAAGAUGCAUGGUAGUGAUGCGGACAUCUUUACAGCCAACAUGUAUUUGGCCGAAGAUCGUAUCCUAUGUUACGAGUUGGUUGCCAAGAAACACGCCAAAUGGACGUUGCAUUACGUUUCAAGCUCGUAUGGUGAAACGGAUGUCCCUGACAACGUACCCGAAUUCAUUUCACAACGUCGUCGAUGGCUCAACGGCUCUUUCUUUGCUGGUGUCUAUGCUCUUGUUCACACUGGCAAGCUUUGGCGAUCCAACCACUUUUUCUUACGCAAGCUCUUUUUCAUGAUUCAAGGCAUCUAUCAAUUGUAUCAACUUAUCUUCUCUUGGUUUGCCAUUGGCAACUUUUACCUUACUUUUUACAUCAUGACAACCUCCAUGCAAUCCGACUUUUUGGAACCCAAGCCAUUCAACGCCGACAUUGCCCGAUAUCUCCACAUCAGCUUCAACUACGUCUAUAUCAUAUUGUUGGUCGUCCAGUUUAUCAUUGCAAUGGGUAACCGGCCGCAAGGUUUCAAAUGGGCUUAUAUCCUGAGUAUCGUAUUCUUUGCACUGCUCAUGGUGUACAUCAUGUUUUGUACUAUUUGGAUUACGGCUGUUGGUGUGAAUAGUGCGGUGGACGAAGCAAGAUCAUCCGACGACAUGUUUAUGGCAUUAAUCAGUCAAAGUGCUUUCCGUGAUGUCAUUGUUGCCAUUGUAUCGACCUACGUGAUCUAUUUCGUGGCCAGCUUCUUGUUCCUUGAUCCCUGGCACAUGUUUACAUCCUUCAUCCAGUACAUCUUCAUGUCGCCCUCCUACAUCAACGUGCUCAACAUCUACGCCUUUUGUAACACGCACGACGUAUCAUGGGGUACCAAGGGUGACAAUAGUGUGUCCACUGAACUCGGUGUUGUCAAGGCCAAAAAAGGCAAAGACGGUGACAGUCAUGUUGAAGUGGAUGUGCCAACAGAGCAAACGGACCUUAACGCACAAUACGAGGAGGCAUGUAUGGAGCUCAAACGCCAAGUGGAAGUUGUGCAUGAGAAACGUGACGCAAAGACCAAGCAAGAAGAUUACUACAAGGCUUUCCGUACUCGACUGGUAUUGUCGUGGGUUAUUACCAACAUGGCCUUGGUUGCUGUCAUUACCAAUGGUCAAAUCCUUGAGUGGUUUGGUACCUAUGAGGAGCGCAGCACUGUAUAUUUAGGUUUCAUUCUUUGGUCUGUUGCUGGUCUUUCAGCCAUUCGCUUUAUUGGCUCUUGUCUUUAUCUCAUUUUCCGAAUCUUUACUGGUUAA